UUUUCUGAAAAGAUUCCGCAAAAUUGUUUCUUUAGUACGGGCAUAUGAACUCGGAUUCGAUGCUUUUUCAUUCAUUGACUUCAAAGUCAUCGCGUUUAAUUUACUUGCUCUCGAAGCUUGUUCUUUCGCUAUAUUAAUGGCGAUUUCUUUGAUCUUCAUGUGUCCUGUCCAUCACUGGCAAUUAGCUUUCGGAAAUCCAGCAAUUAACUACGAUUCUGAAAGACUAUGGCUUCUGAUGCUGUUCACGAUCUCAAUUCCCUGAUUUCCUCCGAGGGUAGAGACUUUCUCAUCCGCAACAAUGGCGAUCAGGUGAAGAACAGUUCCUUAAUCGGAAAGAAUGUGGGAUUGUAUUUCUCAGCAUCAUGGUGCCCUCCCUGUCGGGGUUUUACUCCAGUUUUUGCAGGGGUUUAUGAGGAGUUAGCUUCUAAGGGUGAUUUUGAAGUUGUGUUUGUUUCUGGUGACAACGAUGAAGAAUCUUUCAAGGAUUACUUCUCUAAGAUGCCCUGGUUGUCCAUUCCAUUUUCUGAUUCAGAGACCAAAGAACGCUUGAAUGAAAUUUUCGAAGUGAGCGGAAUUCCUCGUCUUGUUGUUCUCGACGCCGAUGGGAAGGUUUCAACUGAAGAUGGAGUGAGAAUAGUCAGAGAACAUGGGGCUCAUGCCUAUCCUUUUACUUCUGAUCAGAUCAAAUUUCUGAAGGAGAAAGAGGAGGAGGCUAAAAGGAACCAAACCAUUAGUUCCAUUUUGGUUUCGACCUCACGCAAUUAUGUGAUAUCAAAUGAUGGAAAUCAGAUUCCGGUCUCUGAGCUUGAAGGGAAACUGAUCGGGUUGUACUUCUCAGUGAAUGGCCAUGAACCAUGUGAUGAAUUUACGCCUACUUUGGUUGAGGCUUACAAGAAACUGAAAGAGAAGGGAGAGAACUUUGAGAUUGUGUUGAUCUCUUUAGAUGAUGAAGAUGAAGACUUCAAAGAAGCAUUCAAAACAAUGCCAUGGUUGGCACUGCCGUUUAAGGAUGAGAAAUGUGAAAAACUCAUUCAUUAUUUUGAGCUUGGUGAUAUUCCUACACUUGUUAUAAUUGGGCAGGACGGGAAGACUUUGAACGCGAAUGCUGCAGAACUCAUUGAAGAGCAUGGAAUUGAUGCCUACCCUUUCACUCCAGAGAAACUUGAAAAGCUUGCUGAGAUUCAGAAGGCGAAGCUCGAGUCGCAGACUCUGGAGUCUCUUUUAGCUUUUGGGGAAACAAAAUUUGUUAUUGGAAAAAAUGGUGCAAAGAUCCCGGUAUCUGAACUUGUUGGCAAGAACAUUCUGCUCUAUUUCUCGGCACAUUGGUGCCCUCCAUGCCGCGCAUUUUUACCCAAGCUUACCGAGGCGUACAACGAAAUUAAGCAAAAGGACAAAGAUUUUGAAGUCAUUUUCAUUUCAAGUGAUAGUGACCAAGAUUCAUUUGAGGAAUUCUUUUCAGAAAUGCCUUGGUUAGCCCUGCCAUUUGUGGAUGAAAGGAAGAAGUUUCUAAGUCGUAGGUUCAAAAUUGAAGGCAUUCCUGCGCUCGUAGCCCUUAAUCAGAGUGGUCGUACUGUCUCAACGGAUGCUCGUAAGCUCAUAACAGCUCAUGGAGCAGAUGCCUAUCCGUUCACAGAGGAACGUCUGAAGCAAUUGGAGGAGCAGCUGGAAGAAGAGGCAAAGGGGUGGCCUGAGAAACUGAAGCAUCAACUACAUGAACAACACGAACUUGUUCGGACACGUCGGUCUUCCUAUGUCUGUGACGCAUGCGAUGAGAUGGGAUAUAGUUGGUCGUUUUUUUGUGAGGAGUGUGACUUCGAUUUGCACCCGAAAUGUGCUUUGGAAAACGACGGAGCCAAGAAGGAAAAGGAAGGGUGGGUUUGCGAGGGAGACGUGUGUCGUAAAGCCUAAGAAAACACAUUCAGAAUUGUAAAGAAUAUGAAAGCCUAUGAUGUUAUGUUCUUUUGCUUGGUGUUCCUUUUGUGAUGCUAUGGUGUGUGCUGAUAUUGCAGCUAUGUUCCAAAUCAUCUGGUGUGUAAUGAGAUUUCGUUGUUUAAAUAAAUUGAGAGGUUUGCAGUUUCAAGCA